UCGGAAGGAGCGGGCGCUUAUUGUGCGGCGCGCAGGUGGUGGAACUUGCGGGCGGCAGCUGGCGCUCGCUGCGGAGGUCUCAGAACCUCUGCAGGCUGUGCGGGAGCGGGGCGAGGCGAGCGCGAAAAGGGGGAAGGGAGCCGGGCUAGCCGGCCCAGCCGAGCCGGAGCCGCUGCUCCCCGCAGAGCUGCUGCAGCCGAGCACCGAGACGUUUCCCCAGCGAGAGCUGGAGACCGAGCUGCAGCCCGAGAAGGUCGGCCCGGGAGCCCAGACCGGAGAUGGAGGGCGAGCUGAGCUCGAGCCAGGAAAGCCCUGGGGUCCACACGCCCCAAGGCUCCAUCACCCAGUCGUCAUGGACUUCCCAAGUGGAGGGCUCGCCCGCCACCUCUCUGCUCCAGUCCGUGCGCGGCUCGGGGACUCUCCGAAGCUCCGUCCUCGACCUGUACUCGCGGGGCUCCGAAAUGAGGACCUCCAUGGAGUCUGUGAUCCCUCCGCGGGGUACCGAGCCGUGGACUCCGCGGGGCACCGAGCGGUGGACUCCGCGGGGCUCCGAGCAGUGGACUUCGCGGGGCUCCGAGCAGUGGACCCCGCGGGGCUCCUCCUACAAGCGAAGCUCCAUGGGCUGGGCUGCCCAGCGAUCCUCGGUCACCACCUUGCGUUCCUCCGAGGCUCGCGAGUCGCAGACCUCCUUCGGCCAAACCACCACUAUGACUGGAGGCGAGCAGCCCUCGCAGAGCUCCAGUGGCCAGGGCUCAGGGACCUCCAUCCGUCGGGCCUCGCAGAGCGUCCUCACUACGGAGGCCCAGACUUCCCUGAGCCAGAGCUCACUCAGGACUUCCAUCCCUCUGGGCUCCCAGAGCAACGUCGUGAUCCAGGACGCCGAGACCUCCAUCCCUCAGACCUCCGAGACCGACAAUAUCGCUCAGACCCUGGAGACCCAGGCGUCCCACAGCAGCGAGGGCUUGGGCCCUGUCUACUACAAGAGCUCGGGGGGCGGUCACCGUCACCACUCCGGUUACUUGGCCGACGAUGAAGGCACCCUGAAGCACUCGAAGUUUCAGGUACACAAGAGGCCGGUGUUUGCCAAUAUGGGACCUGUGGGCAGAGUGCAUGGUUUUCUGCGGCCCCCCUGUCCAUUAUACGUUCCCAUGCCUCCCCGGGCCCACGGCCACAAGAAGCCCCCCAAGUCAGAACCCUUCUCUGAAUUCUUGGACUUCCUGGCCACAGGCCCCAUUCUAGACAGCCUCCAGGUGGUGAUGGAUGAGGCGACCAAGAAAAUGACCCAGAUGCACACAGAGACUGGCCUGCCCCUGUUCGAUGUGGAUAAGGGCCCCAGUCGGAAGGCGAGGGAUCAGAGGGAUGCCAUAGAAGUUGCUCGGAGACUCCGGAAGGGCCGCCCUCACCUGUAUGCUGCCUUCCCUAACAAUUACCCGUCGAGCUCCAGUUCCGAAUCCAACUUCUACUACGGCAGAGAUGAGUGCAAGGGCCCCUCUGCCGGCCAUGGCCGAGGCCCCCUGGGUGGAAUCUUCAUGAAUCCUCCGUGGCUGCACACCAAGUUCUCCCGUUUUCAGCCGCGGAAUCCUCUGUCCCACCUCCCACCCAUCCCAGAGAAGUUUCAGAUAGAAAAAGAUUUGAAGCACGUUCUAAGGAAGAAAAUGAAAAACCCCAUGACUUCUCGCAGAGAGGACUUCUUCUUCUGGAAGAGGUCUUUGGACCCAGUGGACAUGGUCUGGUCCAAAGAGCAGAGGCUGGAGUGGCUGUCCAAGCUCCUGGAACCCAUCCGAAAAAAGUCUUCCGACAUGCCCAGCCUGAUGGAGAUCUUCAACGCUUUGGACAAAGUCAGCAGGACCAAGAUUGCCACCCCACAAGGCACAAGCAGCACGACCUGGAAGCCCUGCCAGGCCCAUAUGCCCUGCAAAUCCCAGCUGCCCUGCACGUCCCGGAUGCCCUGCACAGUCCACAUGACCAGCCAGAUUCGGAUGCCCUGCUCGUCCCGGAUGGUCAACUCAGCCUGGAUGCCCUGCAUGCCCCAGAUGGCCAGCCCGCCUGGGAUACCCUGCACCCGGAUGUCCAGCCCAACUGGGAGGCCCAGCUCACCCCGGAUGCCCAGCCCAACUGGGAGGCCCAGCCCGACCAGGAUAUCCUGCUCGACCCAGAUGCCCCCCCCACCCCAGAGAUCCUGCUCGACCCAGAUACCCAGCCCACCCCAGAGAUCCUGUUCGACCCAGAUACCCAGCCCGCCCCAGAGAUCCUGCUCGACCCAGAUGCCCAGCCCACCCGAGAUAGACUGCUCGACCCAGAUGCCCAGCCUGACCCAGAUGCCCAGCCCAACCCGGGUGCCCAGCCCGACCCGGGUGCCCAGCCCGACCCGGAUGCCCAGCCCAUUGCAGAUGCCCGGCCCAGUCCGAUUGUCCAGUCCAUCUUCCAUUCCCAGUCCUCCAUCACUCCCCUGCCUGGCCAACAAGUCCUCCCAGACAGAAUGGGCCCAUCUCAAAAGGUCCAGUUCCCUGAAGCCCAUCCCCGUGAGCCGGAGCAGCGUCAUGGAAAAGGGCAUGCAGACGGAGACCCGGGCCUCCAAGGACAAGCCCAGCUGCAUGGAGCAGGAGCUGGACUUCAUCAAGGAGGAGCUCGAGAGGGAGCUCCUGGAGCUGCUGCUGGGCUCCCUGAACCCGAAGUCGUCGUCGUCCUCCUCCUCCUCCUCGCUGAAGGCGCCCGCCUACGACUCCACCAAGGAGCCCUUCCACACGCUGGACUUCCUGGCCGAACACCAGCUCUUCCCGGCCCUGCAGGACGUGGUGAGCCAGGCCGUGCUCCGGCUGAGCCUGGCCCGGCGCAGUAACGGCGUCCCGCUCUUCCCCGCACUGCAGCGCUACUUCACCCAGGCCCGGCAGCAGUACCAGCAGCAGCAGCAGCCGCCGCCGCUGCAGGAAGAGGAGGAGGAGGAGGAGGAGGAGGAGCAGGAGAAGGCGCCCAGCCCCACGAACCCCAAGCGCUGGGAGCACGUCACCCACAAGUCCGUCUGGUACCUCCCGGAGGUCACCAUCAAGGAGGAUUCCAAGCCGAUCAUCACCCAACCCUUCAACACCAAGGAGAAGCGGACCCUGGUGUCCGUGACCAUGCCCAUACACAGCUCCGCCUCGGCCCGGCUGCAGCGGGAAAAGGCCCAGGCCGAAGCCAGGGCCCUGGCAGAGGCCAAGGCCCAUGCCCAGGAGGUCAGAUCCCUGUCUCACAUCAAAGCCAGAGUCCGAAGAGACUCCGAGAGUAUGAGAAAGGUAUCCUAUAAGGGAGGGAAUGAGUAUGAGGGUGCUGAACAAGAGAGAGGUGAGGAAGAGAGUCAAGAGUAUGAAGAAAAGGAGGCUGAAGAGGAGGAGGAGGAGGGUGAAGAAUAUGAGGGUGAAGAGUAUGAAGGUGAAGAGUAUGAGGGUGAAGAUUAUCAGGUGGUGUAUGAUCAGGUAUAUGAUCAGGUAUACGACCAGGUAUACGAUCAGGCAUACGACGAGGAAUAUGAGGAGGAUGAGGAGGAAGAACACAAGGAGGAGGACGAGGAGGAAGAGGAGCGUGAGCAAGAGGAGGAAGAGGAGGAACAUGAGCAAGAGGAGGAACGUGAGGUGGAGCAAGAGGGUGAGGAGGAGGAGGAGGAGGAGGAAGAAGAGGAAGAGGAGGAAGAAGAGGAGCAUGAGGAAGAGGAAGAAGAGACUAUAGAUAAGGUGUAUGAGUUUGAGGUUGAGAGUAAACCUGAGGGCAUGGGGGACUUUGAGGAUUUUGAUUUCCUAUAUAUGCAAGAUGGGGAGGAUGUUGAACAGGACAACAGUAUAGUGUUCAAGGACAUCUAUCAGACCUCUGAGGAUACUGAGCGGGAAAUGGCCUAUGAGCAGGAAAUGGCCUAGAAGUCCCUGCCAGCUCUCCUUGCCCCACCCCACUGUUCCUAAUAAAGUUAU